AUGGGUAUUAUGGCUGCUAAAUGUUGUGCAGGGUAAGUGACGGUUAAGCUUAAUAGUUGUUUUCAAUAGGUGCUGUAGUCUUGCUCAUUUAACAUUUUGUUGUUUUUCAGUGGGCUCUUCCUGGUUUUGCUGUUCUGGGGUGUUCAUUGCUAUCCCUAUCAACAAGGUGAGAAUACCAUUGGUGUGGUGUGUUUAACAAUGUUGGUUAAUGUUUCUGCCAGUAAAAAAAAAAUUGAAAUGGGGUUUUGUGCUAAAACUUUCAAGGCUUGAAAAGUGACAUUUUUAAGAUCUGAAAGGUAGUGGUACUGUCUCUCCUCUCCCCAGCCUACAAGACGGGCCCAGUCUACCGGAGACCGCCAACUCUGUAUGGUCCACCUGUCAAACCCAGCCAGAAUGACGCCUACGCACGCUACUACUUCCUUACGAAACAGCGUGAUCCCACUGGUUCUGGGUCAAGCCUCCCUGGUCCGGUUGAGUCUGGGCAUCCAAUUGAAGGUGGCUCCAGUCCAGUUGUUCAGAGUUUUGCUCUUCAGAAGACUGCUGCUUCCCCUCACCUCGUUCCUGAACAGACUAGAUGUGUUCCUGCUGGAACAACACACCCUAGUACUCUUCCACUACGUCCCCUGUGUGAGUCUCCACCAAUUAAGUUCCAGGCAGGGGAUAUCUCUCACUUUGAGAGUGUCUAUGAGCAUGGCAACAGUCAGAGUGAGUCUGAAGACCAACAGUUCCCUCUUCCUGAGGUUGAGGCAGGCUCCAUUCCAGCCCCACUGCCUGCUAUAAUAGCCCCACCCCUACCCAGAGUUCAUAGACCAGAGCCUAGCAAGGAAGGGCUUGAAGCUAAUUAUGGUGAGCUGUUCAUCGCUGGGAAGUUCCCUGCUGGCACCAUCACCCACUUCAGAACCAACUAUGCGCAUGGGAACGAACAAUGGAGUUCAGCUGGUUUCGUCAGGUACCGUCCUGCUCCCGUCCAAUACCGACCACUAUUUCCUCACGGUGCUAGCAGUGACCAGUAGGACUAGGUAAUGUUUUUUGGCUCUUAUUUUUGUCACUUGAUUUCUAAUGCGUUGAUACAGCUGUAACACUUUCCUCCUCGUCCUCAGGUUCUCUAUGCUAGCCUGGAUCCUGCAGUCUCAUGGCUGCGCUGACUGCUAA